AUGGGAUUGAGGUUGUUUAAAGGAUCUUCUGAUUUUGAGAAGCUGAAACAACUUGAAGUAGUCAACAAAGAGUAUGAGCUUGAAUCAACAAGCUCAGCUGAAAAGUUAGAUCAUGUGUUUCAAGAUCCAGUUUUAGCAGAGCAUUAUUAUCAGUUGUAUGAAGCCUGUGAUUAUGAAUGUAAAGACUACUUCGAUCCUGAAUUUAGUUGGACUGAGGAAGAAGAGAAAAGAGUUGUGUGGAAAAAUGACUGGUAUGUCACGUUUUGGGCGUUUCUUAUGUUUACUGCUUUAGAUAUUGACCGGUACAAUAUAUCACAGGCGUUGUCGGAUAAUAUGUUGGAAGAUCUAGGACUCACUACUAAUGACUUCAACGUUGGAAAGACUAUUAAUUUGGUUUGUUUCUUGGCAGCCGAGUUACCAUCGCAAUUAAUCUCGAAGAAGAUUGGACCGGAUAUUUGGAUUCCAUCCCAGAUCGUUUUGUGGAGUGCUGUUUCUAUGGCACAAGGUGCUAUCAAGGGUAAGGCUGGUUUCUUUAUCACUAGAGGUCUUCUAGGGGCACUACAAGGAGGGUUCAUCUGCGAUAUUUGCUUAUGGAUGUCUUAUUUUUAUACAUCUAAAGAAUUUCCAUUUCGGUUGUCUUUGUUUUACAUUGCAAAUCCUAUGAGUUCAGUGUGGUCUAGUUUGUUAGCAUUUGCGCUUUUAAAAAUGAAAACCAAUGCAAUUCCCAAUGGAUGGAAAUGGUUAUUUAUUAUUGAAGGUGCACUCACAUUACUUGUUGGCUUAAUAUCCUUUUUUAAAAUGCCUGCUUCGGCCGUUCAAACAAAAGCUUGGUUCCGUAAGAAGGGUUGGUAUACAGAAAGGGAAGAAAAAAUAAUCGUCAACAGGGUCUUACGUGAUGAUCCAACCAAAGGAGAUAUGAAUAAUAGACAACCUGUAACCCCUAAAGAAUUGGUUAAAAGUUUAUUGGACUAUGAUUUGUGGCCAAUUUAUAUUGUCAGAAUAUUAGGAGAUAUUGGGGCAUCACCCACUAAUACAUAUAUGACUUUGACGUUAAGAAAGCUUGGAUUUUCUACUUUUAAUACUAAUUUAUUAACAAUCCCGUUUAAUGUCUUGACAGUGAUCACGAUGCUUACAGCUGGUUAUUUAUCGGAAGUUUUACAAAGUAGAGCAUUAGUUCUUGCUUCUAUUCCAGUAUGGCUUCUUGCUUGCUUAUUUCCGCUAAGAUAUUGGCCUGGCUCGCAAAUUAAUGUGUGGGGGACUUAUGCUAUACUUACUAUUCUUCUUGGAGCUUGUCCUUUAUGGCCCUUGUCCAUUUCUUGGUGUUCUGCCAACUCUAACUCAGUUAGAAAUCGUGCCGUUUCUGCUGCCGUGGUCAACAUGUUUCUGCAGUCUGCAGGGAUAAUUUCGGCUAAUAUCUACAGAGCAGAUGAUGCUCCUGCCUAUCAUAGAGGGAAUGUUGUAUUGAUUGGGUGCGCAUUUGGUGCUUUAGGUGCAUGUAUACUUGCGAGGUACUACUAUAUCUUCAGAAACAAACAAAAAGAUAGAGCAUGGAAUACACUAACGAUAGAGCAACAAGAAGAUUAUAUUAAAAACACUACAGACGAAGCCAAUAAACGUCUUGAUUUCAAGUUUGUUUAUUAG